AUGUCUCCUCAAGAUACGCCAACGGCCCUCGUGGUCACAACGACUGUUCUCUCAACUGUUGCCUUUCUCGCUAUCGCCCGCGCACUUCUCUACCCCGUGCGCCCGAAAACCAUCCGCAAUCCGCUCAAGGCGGGCGUGUACGAUAAGGCCAAUGCUGAUAAGUUGAAGAAUCUUGUUUAUCAGCCUGAUCAGUUUCCUGGUGCUCGAGAUGUAGAAACCCCAUACGGAAGCAUUCGUGUUUACGAGUUUGGCCCUGAGAAUGGUGAAAAGGUCUUCUUUGUGCACGGCAUCAGCACACCCUGCAUCACUCUCGGGCCUAUAGCUCUUGGGCUCGUCAAGCGGGGAUAUCGUGUGAUGCUCUUUGAUCUCUUUGGGCGUGGUUUCUCCGACGGUGUCGCUGAUAUACCACACGAUGCCCGUCUCUACGUCUCCCAAAUGCUGCUUGUCUUGGCUUCUAGCCCUCUUGCAUGGACCGGUACAGGCGCCUUUCGCCUUGUUGGCUAUUCUCUCGGCGGUGGCAUCGCAGUUCAUUUUGCCAAUGCGUUUCCUAACCUCGUGCGCGAUCUCGUGCUCCUCGCGCCUGCGGGUUUAAUCCGCGCCGCCUCCUUUGGCCGCGUCUCUCGAUUCCUCUUCGUCUCUGGCCUCGUCCCGGAGCGCAUUCUGGCCGUCGCUACACGCAGUCGUCUUCAAAAGCCUAUCGCCGCUUCAGCCAAGCCACCCCCCAAGACGCCCAUCGAGGCUGUCACUACGCCACCACUCAAUGUUGCCGAGGCAGAGGUGGUUCCAGCGUCCGGUGAGGCCGUUACGCCGUUGGAGCAACGUGUCAUGGAGUAUGUGCGCUGGAUGGUCACCCAUCACAGUGGCUUCGUCCCCGCGUUCAUGUCGAGCAUUCGCUUUGCACCCCUGACCGAUCAGCAUGAAGCCUGGGCCAAGUUGUCCGAGCGUGCUCCUGGCACUACAGCUGUUUUACUAGCUAGAUCUGACGAGAUCAUUGAUCCCGAGUCCUAUCGCCGGGAUGCACUAUCCCUCGUUGGCGGUGAGCACCAUGUCCGCUGGCGAAUUCUUCCAGGGAGCCAUGAUUUCGUUAUGACGCAUGCGGGAGACAUCCUUAGCGAGAUUGACGACAUGUUCAAUACUAACAAGGUGUGA